AUGACCUCUUGUGGCAGGACGAGGCAAAGCCAGCACCGUCGUGGAGCUGCUGAGCUUGCGCAAGGCUUGGACUUGCCGGGGCCUCCGCGCGGAAGCUUCUGCACUUUCCAGGGCCAUGUCCAGAUUUUUGAGCAUAGCAGCACUGACCUUGAUGCUCGGUAUGCUUCCCUUGCAGCUGGCAUUUCGGUUUGGCACAACAGCGCGGGCAAGAAGUUGAGCAGGGAGGAUGACAAGGCGCGCUGUCUCUGCGGCAGCCUUUUCCCUUCAAGGCCGCACUUGGUCUGGUGCUGCCCUGCCUUCCAAGAGAGCAGAAUUGAUGUUCCCAGCCCUGUGAACCGCGCGGAGGAGCGGCUCUUUGCCAGGGCUGUGAAUGAGCUGCCACGGCCCCCUGAGGACACUGCGGUGCAUGGAGUGAAGGCAGAAUUGCUUCAGGCGAUUGCGGAACUUGUGCAGACAAGUGACAAUCUCUUUCUGGCCACGGACGGAUCUGCCAAGAAUCAUGUCGCUUCGUGGGGCAUCUUUGUACCUUGUUCUGACAGAGCUUUUGCGGCUGGAGUUGAAGGGGAGGACCAGAGCGCCUUCCGUGCAGAGCUUGAGGCGAUUCGUGCCGCCCUGGCUGCCGUGUUUGCGGCAUCUUCACAGGGCAUUGUCAUGUGCAGGCAUCUCACCAUUGUGUCUGACUGCACCGCUGCCAUUUGGGUUGCUAGUGGAUUUGAGGGAGAUGUGAUUGAGAUGCGUGCUCGUAGAUUCUUCGAGCUCCGCCGCUCACUUCGAGCGGUUGGCAUUGGAGUCGACUUCAAGUGGGUCCCCUCGCACGGCAAGAUUGUUAGGGGCUGGGCGCCUCACCCUCGCGCCACGGAGGCCCAACUCCGAGCUUGGAAUCACGCAGCCGACAGGGCUGCCAAUGGCUGUAUGCAGCGGCUGCUUGCGGGAUCUGCUCGGCUGCGCUGGGCUACUAACCGCAAAGAGGCCAAGACUUGGGAGCUCGCUGCCAUUCGCGCGGCCGCCAGAAUCUCUGCUGGCUACCGCGCUCACUGCGAGUCCUGA